AUGAUUGACCGUCUGGACACAGCUCCACUUUGGUCCGAACAUCGCUCGCUGAUUCUGAAGCACGCUCCACCGUUCAUCGCGGGCAUCGGUCCAAAAGCGCCUUUCAACGUCCGUCGCCAGGAAAUCGAAGCUACCCUGCUGCGGCUCUUCUCUUGUGCCGACCAGACCACACCCCGACUCGGUGUAUUGGCAAACAACCCUCUCGUAUCGAUCCCUAAGCUGGUGAAGCACGAUGAAGACCACGAUGUCCUGAUAAUGACAGACCUCGGCGAAUUGCCCAAUCUUAGCGACGUUUUCACUGACCUCGGUGGCGGCCUUCCUGGUGGCACCAGCUCGACCUACGCCGCCACACAUGCUGUCUGGAAUGCGAACGAGGCUGCCUUCAGUAACCUCGGCCAACGACUGGGGAACUUCUUCGCGGAUCUACACAGCCCGCGCACUCUUGCUGAGGCUCGAAUGCUACUGAGUGAGAUGGGGAAAGAUUUGAGCAAUCCUGCGGCUCGGGAUAUUGUUCUAGAAGGCGCCAUUAAGCCUGUUGGAGACCAAUUGAAGCGCUUCCCGGAUCUUGUGGACGCCGAUGAGGCUGCGCGGUUAUUCGGGAUUCUGGUGGAUGAUUUCAGACGGGAAAAUAACCAAGAAGAGGAAUCUCUGGUUCUUGGAGACUGUUGGACGGGGGCAAUACUUGUUUCCGCUCCCUCUGGUGAGUCUGAAACUGGUACUGACAAGAAGAGCAUGAAGAUUGGAGUGAUAGACUGGGAGUUUGCCAGUGUUGGUCGUGGCGCACACGGCGACAUGGCCCAAUUCCUGGCCCACCUUGAGCUUCUCAGCAUUUCCGCCUUUCAGUCGUUGCGGUUUGUAACUCAUCAAAGUGCCAUUGAGACAUUGAUGGACUCGAUGAUCUCCACCUACCGGGAAAGAUCAGCUCAUCAAGUUACACGACAGAGCCAGUCUUCGACAGCUGGGAACGAUCUCGGCGACGAUGAUGGUAGUCUUAGGUACACAAAAGCCGCCCGAUCCGCGCUCCUUUGCCACGGCGCUGAAAUUAUAAACAAUGCCUUCUGGAAGAAGUGGCGAUGCGUACGUAGCGAUUGUCCACUUUGGGGUACUCCACACAGCGAUGAGGCUCGGAUACAUGAGUGCACCCUCAUCAAAAACAUGGUGAUGAGUGGGCUGCAGUGCCUUCGGAUGGCAAUGCACAAGCAGACCGCUGUCGGCCACGAGAACGGCCAUCCCUUUUCCAGAGCAGCCUCCGCCCCUGGUUCCAGGAUCCUAGACCUCUUCCACGAUAACAACGACCGAUCAGACCGGCUUUUCGAAGAGUCCAUCUCCGUGCCUCGUUUCGAUAACUCAACCGUGGAACCAGGUGUGCAAUCAGUACGAAGUAUGCCGUCGGCUAUCGUCGCUGUACCGCCGGUAUAA